AUGAGUGAAUACGAAGCAAUUUUAAUAAUCCAAACACACGAAAGAGCACGCCAAGGUCGCGUAAGAACGCAGUUUAUGAAGGAGAUCAAAAUGAUGAAGGAGAAAGGUAGGCAAGCGGCUGAAGAAGAGGAAGAAAGAAGAAAUCGAACAUUUGCUGCCGCAAUAAAAAUCCAAAAACUAUGGAGAGGUUACAUGGCAAGAAGACAAACAAAGAGACGGAAAUUUCAAGAAAUGGUACUAAUCGGGAUGGUUCCUCAACCUAAACCGGACAGGACUGAGAUCAACAAAGCACUAGAAAUCGAAGAAUAUAGAAGAAAAUUGCUGGAACUUCGACAAAAGGAGUACGAACAUGAGAUUAGAGAGAUCAUGAUGGAUUUGGAGAAAACCCAAAGAGGAAACGUGUUAGAACAGCUGAAUGAUCAAGUAAGAAAUUGGCUCUUUGAAUAUAAAACUCAUACCGGAAAAAUACCAGAAUAUACAGGUCCAGAGAGGUCCGUAUCUCGCCUUAUGUUAAGCCGAACAGGUACCGAAAGUACUUUAAGUAAAUCGUCUUCAUCGAAAGAGUCAAAGUCUAAGAAAUCGAAAAGCGCCAAAAGUAAAGAUAGCAAAUCCAACGAUGAAGAGGAAGAAGAUUCAUCCAGAGCCAUUGUGUCAACUUUCGUUCCCGAAUUAACGAUUCGCAAAGAGGAAUACGAUGAAAUAUGGAGGCAUAAAAACGAAUCUGUUAAUCCGUAUCAACAUCCGUAUACAGAUAUAAUCCAUAACGAACAAAUGAUUGAAAUGGAAAACGAAUUAAGAAGAGAAGUUGACGAAACUAUGAAGGGUGAAUUAGAACUCCUGCAGGAAGCAUAUGAAAGAGAUAGGGGAAGAAAAACUAGAAAAUCGAAAGCAGCUAAGAAAGCCAGACGGGGUGCCAAAAAGAGUAAAAAGAAGAAAGAAAAGGACCUAACACCUGACAGAACUACUGAAUCUCUGUUUGAAGAACUCGUGGCUAACGGUAUAAUUAGAGAAUUUCCGGAAGUUUAUCUGAACGAUUUCCGGGCCGAGAGAUCUUUUAGUGAGCCAGCACCCCAUAAUAAAGGUCGAGAGCCAAAACUGGCCCUAGGAGAAAUUCGUCAGGUUGUUAAAGAGUAUUGCGUACUCCCCCUAUUGUCCCCUCAAAUCCAUCAACAAACACCACACGUUCGAUCAGUACUCCUUGCAGGACCCAAAGGAUGUGGCAAGGACAUGCUUGUCAACGCCAUCUGUAGCGAAACUGGGGCGGUGCUUUUUGAUUUGACUCCUGCCAACAUUGUGGGAAAAUACCCGGGAAAAACCGGACUGAUCAUGUUAAUUCAUUUGGUAACCAAAGUAUCGAGACUUUUACAACCAGCGGUAAUAUACAUGGACAAUGCCGAAAGGCCUUUCGUAAAAAAAGUUCCCAAAGCUGAUAAGACUGAUCCAAAAAGACUAAAGAAGGAUUUGCCAAAAAUUGUAAAGAAUUUCAGUCCAGAGGACAGAGUGAUUUUAAUUGGUGUCUCAAGUUGCCCGUGGGACAGCGAUCAAAAACUUUUACAGCAAGUGUAUCAAAAAAUUUUAGUUCUACCACGACCCGACUAUGCCUCGAGGUAUUCUCUUUGGAAACAUCUUCUAGGACAAUACUCCGCCAUCACCUGGCAAUUCGAUGUGAGUGGAAUGAGUAGAAUAUCGGAUGGAUACACAGCAGGAGCUAUUACAAAGACCGUCAGAGAGGUAAUGACCGUCAAAAGAAUGGUUCAAUUGCGAGUGCAACCGUUAAGUCCUUUGGAACUAAUAAACGCACUGAGCAAAAUGAUUCCUGUCUACAAAGAAGAAGAGGAUGCUCUAAUAAACUGGUGGUCGAAAACGCCUAUGUGCAAAAGGAGAAGUCAGGCUGUCGAAGCUUUGAUUGAAGAAGAGGCGGAGAUGCAGGCGAAACAGGCGAACGCGAAAAAAAGGAAAUAA